AUGGUCAAUGUAAGCCUCGCUCCUGUAGCCAAUCUCCUUGUCAUAGAAGAAGACAUGGAUCCCCUGCAUGUUGUCAACCACAGAACUGUGGAAGACAACAGGGAAGAAGAUCAAGGCAGUCCUCUUGUGGUAGUCAAUAUGGGUCCUCUAACUGUGGUCAACAGGGAAGAAGAUCAAGGCAGUCCUCUUGUGGUAGUCAAUAUGGGUCCUCUAACUGUGGUCAACAGGGAAGAAGAUCAAGGCAGUCCUCUUGUGGUAGUCAAUAUGGGUCCUCUAACUGUGGUCAACAGGGAAGAAGAUCAAGGCAGUCCUCUUGUGGUAGUCAAUAUGGGUCCUCUAACUGUGGUCAACAGGGAAGAAGAUCAAGGCAGUCCUCUUGUGGUAGUCAAUAUGGGUCUGGAGCAAGUCAGUCUUCUAAUUGUGGUCAACAAGGGUCUGGUAAACAGUCUAUGA